AUGGGAAACAAAUCAUCUUCUCUUCAAUUAGCACAAACUGAACAACAACAGAAACCAACAACAGAUAAUGUUUUCCUACUCCACUCGAAUCACUAUAAUGCCAAACAGAGACUCUACUCUAGAAGUCAAUCACUACCAACGAAUUCAUUAAGGGUUCUCUCCUAUCAAUAUAAUACAUGGACAGAUGAGGGAAUACCAAUUCAUCCUGAAGAAUUUCAAAAUAGAAGACACUCUGCAGUUUCCUACAUUCCUCAUAGAAAUAGAGUAAUACCAAUAGAUUUGAGACCUAAUGCUCUUUCUCAAUCAUCUUCAUCGUCAUCACCAAAUUCGCCAAGAAGUGGAGCAUCCUCUGCCAAAAGUGCCAGCUAUUCAAACAUUUCACCUCGAUAUUCACCAAGAAAGUCUCAAAGAAGUAACAGUUAUUCAACACCAAAACAAUCACAACAAACAAACUCUGAUUCAUCAUCUCCCCGACCUUACUACAAUUCAAUAGAAGAAGCUGAGGAGGAAGCUGUCAAUUUAACAGCCUUUCGUCUUACCUCUUCUAAAUACAAUGAUGAAGAUGAUUGUAAUAUAAUUAAUACUCAAUCAUUUAUUAAUCCUCUUAAUCAUCAUCAAUUUCAUACUCAUGUAAAUACUCAACCUUCAUCAACACUUAAUAAUAAUACCACGUCGACAUUAUCAAAUAUAACACUUCCACCCUUAGAAAAACCAAAUCUAAGGGCACAUCCCAAGCGAAUUAUAGUCACACCACUAACUCAGCUCUACACACGAACUAGUAGUGGUACAACAACAAACUCUGGAACUUCACUCAGUAACUCUUCAACAUCCAUAUUGGGAACUACUGGAUCUUCAUCAAAUUUGAAUGGAGUAAUUGGUUUAACAAGUCCAUUUAAAUUAUCAAGUCCAUCACCUGUACCACCAGUGAGUACUUCAAAUUCGAAUGCUCAACCACAAAUCAGAAGAUACAGCCUUAGUGGAUAUACAAUGAAACGUAAAUCAAGUAUUUCAUCACCAACAACAGUUCCAAAUUCUAAACUUGAAGAAUAUGCAUCCACCACCACAUCUUCAAUAGAUCCAUCAGUGAAUUCUUCAUCAUCACCUACAAGUAAUAACAUGAUUGCCAGUGCAAUAACAGUGCAGCCAACAAAUCCAUCAUCAAUAACAUCCAACAGAAAUAAUGAAAAUGUUAAUAAUCAAACAUAUCCUUUGGAUACUCCAACACCACCCCUCACUCCAAAAUCAUUGAAAUCAAGGGAAAGAUCAGGUUCAGUGACUAAAAUUCUUAUUCAAUCACCUUCAAGAUUAAAUCCAAUGGCCUUAUUUUCAGAUAGCCAUAAGAGAAAGCAACCUCCAACAGUUGCUCUGACUACACCUGAUGAACCACCAUGUUUCGAUCAUUUGCUUAAUCCUCCUCAAGAAAGUCUUCCAAAAAAACUAAAAACAAAAAGAAAUAGAUCUUAUAGUUUACCUUCCAAUUCACCAAAAUCACCUUCAAAAUCAAAUAGAAAGAAUAAAAGGUUUUAA